GUCCACCCGGCUGCCUCCGAGAGAAGAGUCCGCAGGAGAGGUAAAAAGGCCAAGGAUAUUAUCAAUGCAGCUCGGGAAAGCCUUGCGAACAUGAUAGGUGGCAAGCCUCAAGACAUCGUCUUCACUUCUGGGGGCACUGAGUCGAAUAAUCUCGUCAUCCACUCCAUGGUGAAGUGCUUCCAGGAAAGCCAGACCCCGCCUGGGGCCGUGGUGGAGCAGCACAGCCCUGAGGAAGGGGCCAGGCCCCACUUUGGCACUUGCACCGUGGAGCACGACUCGAUCCGCCUGCCCCUGGAGCACCUGGUGGAAGGACAGGUGGCGCCUGUGCCUGAAAUCAGCCAGCGCAUCAAAGCCCUGAACCAGAGGCGGGCAGCUUCCGGCCUGCCGCGCAUUCUGGUGCACACAGAUGCUGCCCAGGCGCUGGGGAAAAGACGCAUGGACGUCGAGGACCUAGGUGUGGACUUCCUGACGAUCGUGGGGCACAAGUUCUACGGCCCCAGGAUCGGAGCACUUUACGUCCGAGGGCUCGGUAAACUGACCCCGCUGCACCCUAUGCUGUUUGGAGGUGGACAGGAGCGCAACUUCAGGCCAGGGACAGAGAACACUCCCAUGAUCGCCGGCCUCGGCAAGGCUGCUGAGAUGGUGACUGAGAACUGCGAAGCUUACGAGGCGCACAUGAGAGACAUCCGCGACUACCUGGAGGAGAGACUGCAGGCUGAAUUUGGUAAGAGAAUUCAUUUGAACAGCCGGUUUCCAGGAGUCGAACGUCUUCCCAACACCUGUAACUUUUCCAUCCAGGGACACCAGCUUCAAGGCUAUGUGGUGCUUGCACAGUGCCGGACGCUGCUGGCCAGUGUGGGGGCUUCCUGCCACUCAGACCAAGGGGACCGGCCGUCCCCAGUGCUGCUCAGCUGUGGCAUCCCCUUCGAUGUGGCCAGGAACGCGCUCCGGCUCAGCGUGGGCCGCAGCACCACCAGGGCCGAGGUGGACCUCGUUGUGCAGGACCUGAAGCAGGCCGUGGCCCGGCUGGAAGGCCAGGCCUAGUGCUGGGGCCGCCCUUGCCCUCGGUGGCCAGGACAGGGCCGUGGUCACUGCGCCCAUAGGAAGCCCGUUGCUGAGCGCUCGGUGUCUGACUGUGCCACUCAGCUGCGCCAGGGCCACACUUACUUCCUUUGAUCCUCGCUGUCAUGGAGUACCCAGGCACAGGGGUGUCCGUCCGUGUGCCUCCUCCCCUGAAUGUGGACUGAUGCAGAGAUGUCCUGCCCAGCCCAGCUCCUGACAGGCCCAGCACACCAGCACCCACGUAGGACUGUCCCAUGGCGCUGCCAGAGGCUGUGUGGAAAUGGAAACGCUUCUCCCCUUGUCCCUCUGGGCACUCAGGACUCCCACCCUCCGAAGGCUGGCUUUAUCCAAAAGAUAAAAUCCACUGCCAGUAAGCUGCUGUCAAAGAUAGGAAACUAUGGCACCUGCACCAUGUGAUGUGGCCUCCCCUGACCUCCGUGUGCAGUGACCCCCAGAUGGGUGGUAGCUGCUGCUCUCGCUUCCCUGGCCCCACCAUCAUCCUGACGAUGCCUUGUCCCCGUGGGACACCUUCCUGGCAGACAAGCAUGGUCUGCCCUCAUGGUUCUGUGGGCCACUGUCCACUGCCCUGCCCAGCCCCCCAUUGUGCCCGCUUCCCCCUCUGCUUUCUUACUCAGGAUUCAACUCCAGCGUCACUGCUGUGAGUGUGUGCAAUUCCGGGUCACCCCGAGGUGGGGGCCAGGUCAUCCCUGACUCUCCUUACUGUUUGCAAAAGAUUUGUUUAUCCUCACAGAAUGUAUGGCAUACACAUCAAAUGCCAAUAUUUACAUAGGAAUAAUUUUCAGAGAGUAACAUUUUUAAUGUGCUUUUAAGGUCCAAAGAACUAUAGGAUGAUAUUGAGGAAAGGAUUAUCAGAAAUUAAAUGAACUAAUUAAAGAUUUCCAUGCCUA